UGCGUUUCGCAUCACUGUACCGUACUCCCGCCAAUCAUCAUCUGCGACAUACGAUGUUCAAACUCAUUCGACGGAUUUCCUCAUCUAUCUAUCCACGCCCAGAUCGACCAUGGUCCGAUGACGCGACCUCGAUUGCACCUACGAUCGGAAAGAAGAGGCGCAUGAGUGACGAGGAUGGCGACGAGAGCAUACGGGGCGAGGGGUCUACGCGGAAACGCCGCGGGCAAUUGGACAGGGAAAGCACUGUUGCGAGUGAUUUCGGAGAGAUGAGUGCGAAGGGGAAAGAAACUGAUCCAGGAGUGAAGGAAGUCACACGCGGAGUCAACGAAGUCGAACUGGAGGACGAGAACAAGACGAGCGAGGAGAGGCCAAGUAUCGAUUCAUCCGCGGAUGAUCCGGUACUAGUGAAGGACAUGGAGGAGGUGAGGGAGGAUACGGAAGCAGGGCCCACGGGGGAGCAGGUUGCCGAGGGCUCUCCCUCAAUAAAGGACGAGGGUGCGGUGACUAAAUCGGAAGAGGAGUCUGUGACGAAGGAGGCUGCUGUGGUCGCAGAAGGAUCGGACUCGAAGGAUACCAGUGUCCGCUCUGAGACUUCUAUCCUUCCCUCUACCUCAUCAUCUACUUCCGAUCCACAGGAUGCGACAGGGACAAGCUCAGACGAGAUUGCAAAUAUUGUCGAGAAUGACGAUACGUCAACAAAGGAGAUUGCAGGCAAGGAAGAGGAUAAAGACAAUGAAGGCUUGGCUAAGCCAUGAUGCAUCUUGCCUCUUAGUCGGCGCUCCCCGGUAUCUCGACGCCAUGCAUUUAGCAGAGGUCCGUACGACGGAUUGGUUGAUUUCGACGAAUUGUAAUGUGAUCUGCUGUUUUGUUUCUCUGCAUCUCCACUGCACUUCUUGUUUAAUUAUUUCUUGUCGUCAUCUUGUAUACACCAUAUCAACAAUUUUCCCUACUAAGUCAUGAUGCAAUACCCUGUUGUUUUCCCC